AUGAUUGAUCGUAAGGAGAAGAUUUUGAAAGGGUCCGAGGCUGUUCCAGAUGAUGCCACCAUGAAAUGGCUUGAUGAUCAACCGAAAAAAAAGAGCAGAUGGGCUCGAGCAGAGUGGACACAAGCUCUUAUGGUCCGUUUGGAACCACCAUCCAAGGGUCAGUUCUCGCCUGGAGAUCUUGCCAGAGGAAUUCCUCGAGAAAAGGAUAUGAGAUUAGCAGUUAAGUUGGGCAAGAGUGAUCCUGUGAAGGCAAAUGGGGUAGAAAGGUAG